CUCACUUGUUUUCAAGUUUCUCUUCUCUCUCUCGAGCCUCGCGUUUAUUUAAAUAUUCAAUUGUUUACAAACGAAGAACAAUCGGACCGGAACCGGGACCGGAAUCGGAAUCGAAAUCGAACCGAAGGUUUUUGCUAAUGACGGUGUUUUACGGCGGAAAGCAGGUGGUUCCGGUUGACUACGAGGCGGAAGUUUCACAGCGGCUUCUAGAAGCAUGUCAAACCGGCGAUCUUAGAUCGGCGCUUGAAUGCAUCGGCGAUGAGUAUGUUGACGUGAACUUUGUGGGAGCAGUUACGUUGAAAUGUAGGAAAAGUGAGGUCGUACUACGCGAUGAAUCGCCGAGCGAAGUUAGUUUUUACUACGAAGAGAUUAAAACUGACGUCACGCCUCUGUUCAUUGCUGUUCAUGCUGGAAAUGUUGCUCUUGUCAAGAAAUUGCUGAGUGCAGGGGCAGACGUGAACCAGAAACUAUUCAGGGGCUUUGCGACAACAGCAGCAGUGAGGGAGGGCCAUUUAAAGAUACUGGAGAUUUUAAUCAAAGCUGGGGCAUUUCAGCCAGCAUGUGAAGAGGCUUUGGUAGAGGCGAGCUGUCAUGGACAGGCAAUGCUAGUGGAACUGCUCAUGAACUCUGAUUUGAUCAGACCCCAUGUUGCUGUACAUGCCCUUGUCACUGCAUGCUGUAGAGGAUUUGCAGAUGUUGUAGACAUUCUAGCACAGUGUGAUGUAGAUGUAAAUAUGACUGAGAGAGCGUUGUUGCUGUCAUCAAAGCCUUCUCUGCACACAAAUGUCGACUGCACUGCACUUGUUGCUGCUGUUGUCAGCAGACAAGUGGCCGUUGUCCAUAUGCUGCUUAAGAAUGGCGCCAGCACAGAUGUUAAAGUGAGCCUAGGGGCAUGGUCAUGGGACACAAUUACCGGAGAAGAGUUUCGAGUGGGUGCUGGACUUGCCGAGCCCUAUUCUAUUACCUGUUUGGCAGUGGAGUAUUAUGAAAUUACUGGUUCCAUAUUGCGCAUGCUACUUAAAAAUUUCUCCCCUAAUGCUGCUCACUUUGGGAGAACACUCCUUCACCAUGCCAUUCUCUGUGGUAAUGCUGGAGCUGUCGAUGUACUCUUGAGCUGUGGAGCCAACGUAGAGACCUCUGUCAAAACUAAGAAAUCCGAGUUUCGGCCCAUUCACAUGGCUGCUCAUUUAGGUUUAUCAACAAUCCUGCAAUGCCUAAUUGACUCAGGUUGUGAUUUAAAUUCUAAGACAGAUACCGGCGAUACAGCUUUGAUGAUAAGUGCAAAAUACAGGCAUAAAGAGUGUCUGAGAGUGUUAGCCAUGGCUGGAGCUGAUUUUGGCUUGGUUAAUGUUGCUGGUCAAUCUGUUUCUUCAAUUGCUGAGGCAAAUGGGUGGUCUCUCGGUUUCCAGCAGACAGUGCUUGAUGUUGUUAGGGCCGGAAAAUUUCCCAUAACAAGCAAUAUUACUUUGUUUUCUUCUUUAAUGCUUGUAGCUCAAGCUGGUGAUGCAGAUGCCUUAAAGAUGCUGAUCACCUUUGAAGCGACUGAUCUUGAUUAUCAAGAUGAUAAUGGUUUCUCAGCAGUUAUGCUUGCUGCUUCAAAGGGUCACGUUGAAGCAUUUAGGGUUCUGGUUUAUGCAGGGGCUGAUGUAAAACUUUGUAAUAAGGCCGGUGAAACUGCAAUCACCUUAUCUAAGCUGAACCAAAACCACGAUCUAUUUGAGAAAGUGAUGCUUGAGUUUGCAAUCGAAAAGGGCAACUGCUAUGCCGGAGGGUUCUAUGCAUUACAUUGUGCUGCUCGUCAUGGAGACUUGGUGGCAGUCAAAUUGUUGUCGAGCAGAGGUUCGGAUGUAAAUCUGCCUGACGGGGAUGGCUACACACCUCUCAUGUUGGCUGCUAAGGAAGGCCAUGGGUCUGUAUGCAAACUCUUGAUUUCACGCGGGGCAAAGUGUGAAUUCAAGAAUGCCAGAGGCGAAACUGCGCUCUCACUAGCAAGAAAAUACCCCGGAAUAAAAGAUGCAGAAAAUGCGAUACUCGACGAGAUUGCUCGCCAACUGGUCUUAGGAGGUUCCCAUGUGAAUAAAUUCACAAAGAAGGGCAAAGGAGGACCACAUAGAAAAGAACUAAUAAUGCUGGGAGAUAGCGGAGUUCUGCGAUGGGGAAAGUCCAAACGCAGAAAUGUUGUUUGCGAAGAGGCAGAGGUAGGACCGAGCCUUUCUUUUCAAAAGAAUAGACGAAAGAGUGGCGAUGCGGAUAUAGCCGGGAUUUUCCGGGUGCUGACUAGCAACAACAAGGAGUUGCAUUUUGUAUGCGAUGGCGGGUCGGAAAUGGCUGAGCUAUGGGUAAGAGGGAUAAAACUAGUUACCCGGACAGCCAUUUGCAGUUGAGCACAGACUCGAGAGGUGAACUGAGUUGGCUAUGUAGUUAGAAUUAGAAAGUAAAUGUAGAUGUUUAGAGGAGUACUUCAUCUCGAAGUCGUAGUAACUCUUACAUUGUAGAGAUUUUGAUCUCAUUAGCUGUAAAUGCCCUUUAAUCCUUAGUAAAAUUUUAGUUUUUGAUUA